AUGUCUUUCGAUGCAGAUGUCCUCAUCGUCGGUGCUGGCCCCGUCGGCCUCGCUACUGCGCUUUCUCUCUCCCUGAACGGCGUCAAAGUGCGGGUGAUAGAGAAGUUGCCCAAACUUGCAGUGGGACAGCGCGGCGCUGCUAUCGCGCCGCGUACGAUGGAAGCGUACCGCAUGCUUGGCAUCGUCGACGAAGUGAAAGCCGUCGGUGGACUUCUGAUGCCUGUGCAAGCGCACGAUCCCGAGGGGCGACCGACUGUUGUACAUCCUCUGAUGGACAACGGAAAGAAGACACCCGGAGCCCCUGAGCCAGAGUUCUGGUGUCUGGGUCAGGAUAGGGCAUGCUUCAUUCUCAGCGAGCGUCUCAAACAACACUUUGGCGUUAGGAUUGAGUUCUCCACUGAGUUGGUCGACCUUGAGCAAGAUAGCACCGGUGUCGUGGCUACUGCAGACGUACAAGGCGUGAAAGAGACGAUUCGGGCGAAGUACCUCGUUGGAUCCGAUGGUGGUAAAGGUAUCACUCGCAAGCUAUCUGGCGCUAAGAUACUCAGCCAGUCGUCUCCGGAAGCGAGGAUGCUCAUCGGAGACGCAGAGAUGAGUGGGCUCGAUGGAUCGUACUUCAAUCGGUUCGCUGAUGAGAAAGGCAACAUGUUCUUUGCUCGCCCGGUGACUGAGAACCCCAAGCUGUGGACCAUCGCCGCGUUCAGCGCAAGUCUAGACUUUGAAAGGGCUAUAAACGAUGUGGAGUACCUUGUCGACUGGAUAAGAACGACUACGAAGCACGGUGAUAUUACCAUCGGAGAGGUGCUGAUGCUGUCCGAGUGGAGGCUCAAUGUACGCAUGUGUGAGAGCUUCCAGUAUGGGAGGGUAUUUCUAGUGGGAGAUGCCGCUCAUGUUCACAGCCCGACCGGCGGACAAGGCAUGAACAGCGGCAUAUUGGACGCUAUGAACCUAGGCUGGAAGCUCGCUCUCGUAUGCAAAGGCCUCGCAUCCCCCGAUCUCCUUAAGACCUACGACGAAGAACGUGUGCCCGUGAUCAGCGAGAUGCUCAAGAUCACCACGAAGCUCGCAUCCGCGACAUUCGUAGCGAAGCCAGAGAACGAAGUGUUCAAUCGUCCAGCAAGUUUCGGUCAACUUGGCGUGCACUAUCGCUGGAGCUCUAUCGUAUACGAUGGUUUACGCGAGGGCGACUUGCAGGUCGAGAGCACAAAUGUCACUCCAGCGAACACGUACGGGGAGGGUGAUCAGGGACGCUUGCAGGCUGGUGAUCGUGCACCCGAUGCGCCCGGCCUUCUGUCACGAGACGGUGAAACAAGACUGUUUGACGUGUACAACGCGGCGCGGCAUACUAUUCUUGUUUUCGAUCCAUCUGCCGCAACGGCCGCCCGCACUGCUGUCGAGAAGUACCCGAAGGGCCAUGUCGAAGUCUUCCAGAUACUGCCUGCUGGUGCUGAGGUGCAGGCUGGUGCCUUUGUAGAUGCUCAAGGACAUGCAAGUCGCGAGUACGGGGUCAAGGCGGGUGCUGCAAUCGCUGUCAUUCGUCCGGAUGGCGUAGUUGGCGCAUUGCUCAAGGCCGAGGACAGUGUUGAGGCGUAUCUCUCUCGGAUUCUUCAUGGCUGA